GUGUGGACAUCCCCUCUUGCCCGUGUUUGCUCUCGCAGAAUGUGGCACGGCCAACCCGGCCACUUGCACGGCCGUGUCGAUCCUCUGCUCUGCCCGUGUGUGCUCCAUUACUUCACACGGCCGUGUGAACAUCAGGACAGCCCGUGUGACCUCCUUUGUGACUUGUCUCGCACCCGAUCUUCACCCAAUCGACCCCGAACUCGCUCCUAAACCUUCAUUCACUUGCCAGGACCUGAAAUAUCACAAACAAGCACAACCUAGCGUGAAAUCGGUCUAAAACACGAGAAACCACCUCUCAAACGGUGUAAGAACAGGGGUGAAAACAUGUGUAACUAACGGUCUAUCAGGAGUCUAGUUCAGAACGCCUUGAUCAGUUGUUCUAGAGAAGGAUACGUCCCUCUAGGCAAUUGACUCAAGAGGGCCUUGUUCCUUUAGUCGAGACUCAAGGUCUAGUCAAGGAUUCUCCGCAUUGUGAAUGAAAGUGAAACAAGUUAGAAAUCAUCAAUCAUUAGUCUGGCUAGUGGCUAGUGGCUAGGGGGAAUCAUACCUAAGUGAGUUCCCAACCUGUAAUUAGAUUAACUUUAACUGUAGUUUGCUAGAGUAAUUUUAGUUCUUUCAUCUUAAUCUGGUUUGCUAAAUAAUAAACUGAAACUGAGUAAUAGUAACUCUAGAGACCCGUGGAUUCGAUAUUUAUCACUUGAGCCACUAUAAUGCAGUCCCUUCCAUUGGCUACACUUGGCCAUUGUUAGGUGUUGUGUCGUAGCGAGUCAAGUUUUUGGCGCCGUUGCCGGGGAAUUUCUAGAGUAUUAGGAAAGGCAGAAGUUUGUUACUUUAGCGUUUUUCUUUUCUUUUCUUUUCCACCCUUGCUUUUCACUUGGGUGUUUUUGUUUCUGUUGGUGCAGAUUUGAAUCAUGGAUCCUCAUGGCUUCUCCAAUCAUUGGGGGUAUCCACCACCAUCUGAGUGGUAUUACUCCGAGACUCCCUGGAGCAAUCAAGGAGGAGAAGACUAUGGAUUCGGGUUCCAAUACCAACCCCCUUACUACAGAGAACAACCAGGCCCCUGGGCAUAUCAAGAACAACCUCAUUACCAAGAAGAAUUUCUCCCACAACUAGAAGGGUCAUCGGCGCUGGAGUUACCCAUGGCGGCCUUCACGGGCCAUUCUGCAGAGCCAUGCUACACUCCACAGCCAGAUCCAAACUAUGAAUUGAGCCUUCUCAUGGAACAGUUUGCUCGAGAUUGUGAGAGAACAUGCUCCAGGAUGGAUCAUUGUGUCCAGGCCUAUCGUGAAACAGAGGAGAUCCUCCUGAGCCUUAAGAAGAGCUUCGAUGAUCUUGAGCGAUUUUUCGCACAACCUGCUCCAGAUCACCCUUCUGCUACCAUACAAGAAGAGGAAGAGGAAGAAGAAGGCUACAAGGACAUAGUGGAGCACACUGAAGUUGUCACAGAGAGCUCCCAUGAUGAUCAUGAUCAGGAAUGUCAUAUCAUAGCCGACCACACCUUCCCGCAUCCCAAACUGAGCUUUGAAGAGGCGGCCAUGAGUGAGAAGAUGCAAGAAGAUCUCAUGAAAGAAAUUGCUUGGCAACUUGCUCUCCAAUCCGUGCUAGAAGAAGAAGAGCAAGAAAGGGUGCAGAAAGAAGUUGUGGAGGAUGACAAAAGUGAAGCAGGAGGAGUUCUUGAUCAUUUCCCAAGGGUGAUUGACACGCCAAAACACAACACCAAUCUGCGACCAAGUGUAAUCGCAGACCGGGAAUGCAGUAACAGGCAAGUUAUAUUAUCAACCCGGGGUCUAGAUCUACUGCUUACUCCGUGAUUCUCUAUUAUCUAGCCAACUAAAGUAAGUGAUUGUUGUCUAAAAACAAAAGCAGAAAGAAAGCAGGAAAUUAUUCGGUUUUCUCAAGCAGGAAAGAGUCACUCGGGAAUGAGUCCCCCUAGCUCCUUAGUUAGGUUUCAAUUGUAUUUCCCUGGGUUGAUUUACUGUUGAUUAGACUGCGGAAGAUCCGACAGUAGCUUGGAAUCUCUUAAGCUGACCAAGCCCUCUCAGUCUAACUAUCCGGCAGACGACUAGUCUUCACCGGGAUAGAAAGCUGAAGCAGUAAGAACAGAACUCCACUACUGGAAUUGGAUUCCAGUACAAAGCAGUAAACUGGCUAACUCUCGUAUAGCCAAUCUCCUACUAUCGAAUGAUGAGACUCUAGCAACCUAAUCAGAUUCUAUCUAUCUCAGAUUGCAGCAGGAAUCAGGAAAAGUUGAUCAGACUUCAAUUGACUCAAUAAACAUGCAUCAUUCGA